CAGUAAGACAUAUUGAAAAAGCACAAAAUUAGAUAAUUGUACUUGAACUAAACCUAAAUAAUCCAUGCAAUUGGCACUGUAGUAUAAAGUCAGUUCACAACAUAGCGUUUAGAGGCAAAUAGCAAACACCUAGGAAGUUUAAAAGUCUAAUUUCUUGUUGGUAAGAAGAUUAAGUUGUUUCAAGCGACUCAAUAGAUGCUUGCGACGCAGUGCAACCAACAACUUUUAAAUGCAAAAUAAACACGGGAGAAUAACCCACACUUAAUUUAUAUUCCAAAGUUCUUUUUACUUCUCGUGUGGUUAAAUGCUGAGAUUAAAAUAUAAUUGAAAGUAUUUGAAAGAUUCUUUGAAUCAGUGUACAGAGAUGUGUGAAGUCGAUUGUAUUGAUACAAACAUUAAGCGGUGGAUUCGCGAUGCGUUUAAAGACGACAAGUUCAAAAUCAUGUCAAUCGACAAAACUGGAUCAACAUCAGAAGGUGAGGGUUAUAUUGGCAAUAUAAGUUUUGUAACAGUUACGGCUCUGACCCCGUCUAACAACCCGAAGAUAUUCAAUCUGGUCAUCAAAUAUGCAAAGUCACUGAAUCCUGAGGAAGUUCUCUUACCAUUUCAACUUGCGUAUGAAAGAGAAAAUCUCAUAUAUGGUACAGUCGUUCCAGCGUUUCACGAAUUUGAGAAGCAAUAUAAUAACGUAAUUACGGACAAACAUUUGCCCAAGUGCUUUGGAACGCUUUCCUAUGGAAAGCUGAAUAUAUUGAUUUUGCAAAAUGUGAAAGCUGAAAAUUAUCAGCUUCAUGAAUUACACCGACCAUUAAAUUUGGAACAUUUGAAACUCACGUUCUCCAGCUAUGGAAAAUGGCAUGGGUUAAGCCUGGCAUAUCGACACCAUCGCCCUAAAAAAUUCGAGAACAUGUUUGGUAACUUACGAAGAUGUGUAUUGCAAGAUGUGAUGGAACUGUCCCACAAAGCGGUGCAAACAAGCGAAGAAUGUAUGUACAUAAUGCUAGAAAACAACAACGAAUUGAAAAUCAUGGAGAAACUGAGAAAGUUGUUCCCAGAUGGGUUUUCUUCUGAAAUCAUUCGCGUGUUAAAAUGUCAAGCUGACGAAGAAAAAAUUGUUCUUGGACAUGGAGAUUGCUGGAAUAACAACUUUAUGUAUAAAUACUCGGAGCUGGACCAAUCGAAACCUGAAUCGGUAUUGUUCCUGGAUUUCCAAAUCUCCUCUCCAGGUUCUCCAGUUUUGGAUCUAAGCUAUCAUCUUUACGCCACCGCGUCUGGACAGGAGCUAGCGCACUUGAAAGAGCUAUUGGACAUCUACUACUCUUCAUUAUCUGAUACUUUAAAGAAGUUUGAUUGUGAUCCGGAAGUGGUAUUUCCUUAUAGCGAACUUGUGUUGCAAUGGAAAAAGUAUUCAGCGUUUGGAGUGAUGAUGGCAAUAUUCGUGUUGCAGUUUCUCUUAGCGGACAAAGAAGACAUUGUAGAUUUUCGAGAUGUUGGAGGCGAUAAUUUUUCCGCUACCCUGCUAAAGUUAGCGAAAGGGAAUGGAAGAGCUUAUCCACGACUGCUUGCUGCUAUUAAGCACUAUUUGGACUUUGAGGAUUUCUAAUUCCAAAUUAGGAUACCUGGUAGUACUUUAAAAGCCGAAUUAGUUUCGAAAUUUAGCUGGAUCACUUGUUUGGAUAAAUGUAAUAUACAUUAUUUUUAUCGAUUUUCCACAUAAACUUGCCUUUUGAGUGAAUAAAUGCACACUGAUUAAUUAGGCGCCUCACUUCAAAAAAAUCUAUAUGCAAUUGUACUGUUCAAUAUAUUCAACAAAUUUGCAGUUUUGACUAUUAGACUUGCUUUGCUUUCGGCGUCUGCAUAUUCAACAAACAUUAGUUUAUUACUGUUAUUAAGUUAUAAAACAGGUAUAAAAUAAAAUAUAAAAAAAAGAAUGCAACAGAA